GCCGACUUCACAUUUCAACCGAAUCUCCGAUCGCGAUAGAGAACCAGUACAUUGCCUAAGAGAGAACAAAAAAGGGUUCGAAAGUCAAAAUCCACGCUGCCUUUCGCUCUCUGACCAAGUCCCAAGUGACUUUCCCCGACCCUUCGCCCAUAUUUGAAUCACAACCAGCGAGCAACACGCGCCCUUUGCAAUGUCGGGUCUCGACGUAGAAGCUCUUCUCGAGUCCACUGCCGCUCCUACCGAAACCCCUGUUACCAAAUCAGAAGACCAGGAGGACCCUUCUCGUGCGGACCCCUCCGAACGCCGGGAUCGCGACCGUUCCCGUGAGAGACGCCGACGCCGUGACCGUAGCCGCGACCGCCGCCGAGAUGUUGAUGGCGACGAGGAGAUGAAGAGCCCGCGCAGCGAACAUGGCAGUGCUAACGGAAGCCAUAGAAGCCGGAAGAGAAGUCGGAGCCGGGAGAGUGAGCGACGACGCUCGCGUCGCGACCGUGACGGCUACCGCUCCAGCGGUGACUUCUACCGUGGCCCAGGACGUGCCCGCUCUCGCUCGCGCUCGCCAUACGAUGAUCGUCACUACCGCCCCUCUCGUCGAGAGCGUGAAGAAGAGAGACGUCACCGAAGGGAUCGUGAGGGUGGCCGUCGCCGCAGCCCUAGCCGCCGUAGUCCAAGCAAAUCUCCCGAGGUGAACGAGGACGAGCGGGAUAAACGGACUAUCUUUGUUCAACAGCUGGCCGCUCGACUAAGGACCAAGGAGUUGAUGGCGUUUUUCGAACAGGCCGGCCCUGUCAAGGAAGCUCAGAUUGUUAAGGAUCGAGUGAGCGGACGGUCCAAAGGUGUCGGUUACGUCGAGUUCAAGAGCGAAGAUUCCGUGCCGGCUGCGAUUCAACUUACCGGCCAGAAGCUUCUAGGCAUUCCCAUUAUUGCGCAGCUUACCGAAGCCGAAAAGAACCGCCAAGCUCGCAACCCCGAGGCUAGCUCGGGCCCGUCGCACUCCGCGCCGUUUCACCGGCUCUAUGUGGGUAAUGUCCAUUUCAGCAUUACUGAGAAUGACCUCCAGAAUGUCUUCGAACCGUUUGGCGAACUCGAGUUUGUUCAAUUGCAGAAGGAUGAGACUGGCCGAAGCAAAGGUUAUGCUUUCGUGCAGUUCCGCGACCCUACCCAGGCUCGGGAGGCUUUGGAAAAGAUGAAUGGAUUUGAUCUUGCUGGUCGGGCCAUUCGAGUGGGCCUUGGCAACGAUAAGUUCACCCCCGAUUCGAACGCGAAUCGUCAGCAGGGCCCAUCUGCAAACCAACCGAAUUUCCAGGGCUCCUCAUUUUCCGGCCAUGGUGGCCGUGGUGUACAGGCUGGUGGUACGAGCAACUUUGACCGCGCCGGCGGUGGCCGCGAGAACGAUAAGGGCACCGGUGCCAGUGCCCUCGAUGAUACAGACGUUGCCGGUGUCAACUUCAACAACUACAGUAGGGACGCAUUGAUGAGGAAGCUUGCACGAACAGAUGAACCCGAGCCCUCGGCCGACGAACAGCAGAAGGUGCUUCGACCCAAGACCGAGACCAAGCCUCUGCCUGUCAAUGUGAACAUGGCUAGUCGCUGUGUGAUGCUUCGCAACAUGUUUGAUCCUAACGAGGAGACUGGUGAAGCGUGGAUCAAAGACUUGGAAGAUGACGUCCGCCAGGAGUGCGAAGAAAAAUAUGGCCACGUUGUUCACAUUUCGUUAGAUCCCAAUUCUCAAGGCGACAUUUACCUUAAGUUCGACCGCGUUCAAGGUGGUGAGAACGCCAUUAAAGGCUUGAACGGCCGUUUCUUCGGCGGCAGGCGUAUCACCGCCCAACCCGUGGUUGACGCUGUUUACAGCAGUCUUUUCACUCGCACCAAGGCCAUCUGAUCGCUACUGUGCUAGUCUGGUCCUGUUGAAUAUAAUUUCUAACAUGGCCAAUUUUCUUCCAGGCAGAUCCCACUUGGCGUCCCUGUUGUCUCUCUAGGCUCUCCGGAUGAUUCUGCUCCUGGUAGGUGCCAAUUUUCCAACUUGUGUGAUUUCACUCCAUCUUUGGCCAUUGCGACGGCCAUGCUACUCGAUUUGAUUUUGUCUCUAGGAGCGUUCGUUUCUUCCGAACAGUUAAGAUAAAGGCGCCGAUAAGCGUUAGCAAUGAACUCAUUUCCUCUUUCAA